UACAACUAUCUUCUUUAUAAAAGGGAAGGGAAUGGGGGGAUACCUAGUCAACUGUACAACUAUCUUCUUUAUAAAAGGGAAGGGAAUGGGGGGAUACCUAGUCAACUGUACAACUAUCUUCUUUAUAAAAGGGAAGGGAAUGGGGGGAUACCUAGUCAACUGUUCAACUGAAAAGGCCAAUGCUCUUUAUUUUUCUCGUAGCUCCUUGUGUUCUCUGUCAGUUCUGGCGCUAGUGGCUGUUGUGUUCAUGGUACCAAUGAAAGACAGAAGUGAGGAUGUGUUAAGCUUUUUGAAUGGUGCCCUUGAUGUUGCUCCAGCUACUCAAAGCACCUCAGGAAAAAUCAAAGGUCCCGAGAACACCUUUGGUAAACCAGCUCCAACCCCAGGUCCCGAGAACACCUUUGGUAAACCAGCUCUAACCCCAGGUCCCGAGAACACCUUUGGUAAACCAGCUCCAACCCCAGAAAUCUCAAAUGUUACGCAGACUGAAAACUCUGCUUGUUUAACAGAUGUUGUAGACUCAGAUGCCAGAUCCAAAGAGAAAUGCAACUCUGAUGAUCUUACAGAUGCAGAACGAUCUGAAAGUAACUCUGCAGAAAGCAGAGAGGAUUAUGAUGACUCUCUGGGAUCUAAUUCAAAGAUGACACAAACUGUGACAGACGACAGUAGCAGCGACGAGACUGACAGUUCUCCUCCAAGUGAUGUGAGAAAAUACAAACAACCUCCAGGAAGGAGAACCAUAAACCCAGACCAUGUCGACAGCAUGCAGACAACCACCAGGCAGGAUCCAACCAAUGGGAGCGAGGAGCUGGAUAGAGAGACUCAGAGGGACCCCACAGUGGGGAGAGAGAGAACCAGCAGAGUGCUCAUUGAUCUCAACAGUGAAGAGGAUGUGAUGGUGGGCUGUCAGGGUACUGUCUGUGUGCCCGGAGAGCAGGGGACUACAGUCAAUGGAGAAACCAGAGAUGACAUCAGCACUGAGACGAACCCAGUCGGUAGGUUUAGAGGAAACACACAUGAACAAUAAAACAAUCCCAGUAAAAACCCUGAGGUCCCUGAGCACUUCUGUUCAGAUGGUAAGUAGGGUUAUGUGUUCUGGUAAGGGAAGAUACAGAGAAACAGCAGAUUAUUUAUAUCCACCUAAAUAUGUGCUGGAAACACUUUGGUGAGGUAAAUAUCACUUUCUCGUAUUGCGAAACCCACAAAUGUUCUCUAGCAGGUCUGAAAAUAUUUCCUGUUUUGCAAAAAUAUUUAAAUUGAUGUGGUGAAUUCGAAACAUUACCCCAGUGAAUACUUUGUAUAACAAUUUCUGUUUCAAAUAAGAGCACUGCUUCUAAGACCUAAGUAGAAACAGACCAGAGGUGUUACCUACCGGAGGUCAACCUACAUCCAUAUUACACAUUCAACAGCACACCACUGU